AUGCUCUCCGAGCUGAGGUGCUUGGUGGGAUUAAGCUGCGUUAUCCUCCCCGUGGAGAGCAGAGUCAGCAGGAAUAAGAUAACUAUAAGGGACGCUAUAAGACAAGGCAUGGUGGAGGAGAUGAAGAGGGAUUCUCAGGUCAUAAUCUUAGGAGAGGAGGUGGCCUAGUACCAGGGAGCCUACAAGGUAAGCAAGGGUAUGCUGGAGAUGUUUGGAUAAGAGAGAGUGAUAGACACUCCUAUAACAGAGAAUGGUUUCACAGGCAUGGCUAUAGGUGCCUCCUACCUGCACCUCAGACCCAUAGUGGAGUAUAUGACUUGGAACUUUGCCUUAUAAGCCAUGAGUCAUCUAUACAACUCUGCUGCAAAGACUUUCUAUAUGUCAGGAGGAGACAUCUCGGUCCCCAUUGUCUUCAGGGGACUGAAUGGUCCGGCUGCCUCGGUAGCUGCCCAGCACUCUCAGUGUCUCGCUUAGCAUUUAGGGAAUGUACCAGGGCUUAUAGUAGUGGCCCCUUAUGAUGCCUACGACUGCAAAGGACUAAUAAAGUCAGCUAUAAGGAAUAAUAAUCCCGUGUGCUAUUUGGAGAAUGAGCUUAUGUAUUCGUAGACCUUUGAUAUUGCUGAGGAUUUUUGGUAGGAGGACUUCAUGGUUCCUAUAGGGAAGCUAAGAUAGAGAAGGAGGGUAAGGACUGCACUGUGGUAUGUUUUUUCACGUAUGGUUGGCAUAGUCUUAUAAGCUUAGAAAAUCCUAUAAGAAUAAGGAAUAGAGAUAGAGGUGGUGAAUUUGAGGACAAUAAAACCUCUGGAUCGUACGACUAUAAUAAACAGCGUGAUAAAGACUCAUAGAUUAGUUACUGUAGAGGAUGGCUAUCCGUUUUGUGGUGUGGGUGCUGAGGUAGUCUCUACUGUGAUGGAAAGUCCUGCUUUUGAUUACCUGGAUGCCAGAGUGGAGAGGGUUACUGCCUGGGAUGUUCCUCUUUCCUAUGCUUAGAAUUUGGAGAGAGCCACUCUGCCUCAGAUAGAAAAUGUAAUAAAGGCAGUAUAG